AUGACUUCCGCGAAACGGGGAACAGACCCGUCGGAAGCCACUCCGCUAUUGCAACAUGAGUCAACAACAUCAGAAUCCCGCCAAACCACUCACUAUCACAGUGUGACCAGUCAUAGCACCAAUGUUGAAAACAACUAUUCAAUUGACGAGACGCAAGAGCAGAUUAAUGCCCUCGGUCUGGUCCGGGUGACAUCAGCAGAAGGGCUAGACAUCGAGCCCGACCUAGAACGAUUCUCGUCGCGUGGCUCAGCAUCUGUGAAAAGGAACAAUGCCUCUGCCGGCAAUACAGAUGCCAUUCCGGAAGAAGAAGAUGACGAUGGCUAUGCUGCCAGAUUCAUCGAUGUAUCGCCAGCUCGAUUCUGGCUUAUCUUCGUCGGUGUCCUCAUCGGAUAUCUGAUCGGCUUCUUCGACUCCACCUUGAUGGCAUCGAGCCAUCCGGUUAUUACUUCCUAUUUCAAUGCCGCAAACACUGCUUCGUGGUUAUCAACCGCGUUCCUGCUCACAUCUACAGCCUUCCUACCGCUCUUCGGACGCAUCUCCGAUGCCUUCGGCCGGAAGCCCGUAUAUCUAUUCUCCAUCGUUAUGUUCUUCCUGACCACAGCAUGGUGUGGGUUGGCGCAAAGUAUCGGCAGCUUCAUUGCUGCUCGGGCCCUCUGUGGCCUUGGCGCCGGUGGUGUGUUCUCUAUGGGUCAAAUUAUAUCUAGUGACCUGGUUCGCAUCGAAUAUCGCGGUGUUUAUCAAUCUUACAUCAACCUGUGCUAUGGCACCGGCAGCUGCUUGGGCCUUGCCUUUGGUGGAUUCCUCUGUGAUCGUAUAGGUUGGCGUGGUGCAUUCUUCAUUCAACUUCCCUUCAUAUUUGUAUAUUUCAUCACUGCCGCAAGUACCAUCCCGGCGGACCUCGGCAUCAAACGGACCAUCAACUCGGAAAGAAUGACCGUGGUGCAAUUGAUUCGCAGCAUCGACCUGACUGGUGCAUUCAUCCUGGCUACAGCAGUGACCGCUCUGAUCAUGGGGUUGAAUCUGGGUGGUAAUGUAUUCCCCUGGGAACAUCCUCUGGUGAUUAGCUCUUUGGUCGCGGCUCUGCUCCUGGGUAUUGUUCUUAUCAGAUACGAGCGCGGGGUGCCACGCGCAGUUCUUCCGAUUGAACUGCUCUCGAAAAAUCCUCGGGCUAGCCUCAUCAUUGGCAACUUCUUCGGCGCCGUCUCAGUCAACACGGUCAUGUUCAAUGUCCCUCUUUACUUCCAAGCGGUCAAGCUGGCUAGCCCCACAGAUUCAGGUUUGCGUUUAGUGGCAGCAUCUAUUGCCAUCACUGCUUCGAGCGUCGGAACUGGAUUCUUAAUCACCUGGUCGAAACGAAUGAAGCCAACCAUUAUCCUUGGUGGUUUUUGCAUGUUGUUAGGCGGGUGUACCGCCGCGUCCCUCAAUAUGAAUACUCCCUAUGCGCUAGCGAUGAUCUGUGUGUCAUUUUCUAGUCUGGGGCAGGGUUUCUCAUUUCCCUCCGUGAUGGUAUCAGUGCUGGCUACAAGCGAGCAGGAUGACCAAGCUGUUGCAACUACCACCCUCGGUCUAGCACGUAACCUUGGAGCCGUAAUGGGUGUGUCUAUCAGUAGUUGGAUAUUCCAAAAUACUCUCUAUUACGAACUGGAACGGAACGUGAAGGGCGUGGAGAAAGACCAUAUCAUUGCUCUCGUUCGCAAGUCGAUCCGAGCUAUUUCUGGGAUUGACCCAUUGCACCAACAUCAAGUGAUCGGAUCAUAUGCGACUGCUCUACGCGCAACCUUUCUGUCCGCGGCCCUUUGGGGUGCCCUCAUGCUGCUACUACAUUCCCGCCUUCGUUUGCCCCGACUCGGCAGCAAGGCUUAA